AUGAGCCUGUCGGGGUUCGCACCGCCUCAGGCCGCAGCCUUGCUGGUCGUCUACUGCCUCGUCUACGUCAUCCCUCUCUACUUCUCAGCUGCAACUAGGCCUUCACCUACACGCUCUAGAGAUGCUCCUGAGGCUAUCCGCGCCCGCAUCUUUGUCGUCUCGCUCUCGACGGCCAUUUGCUCGCUCGUGACGCUGUAUCUGCUCUCUGCCCAUGGCGCUGUAGCCGUCCGCGAGCCCUUGCACUUCAUGGGCUACUGGCCACUAGGACUUGUCGAUGCUGCUCGGGCUCUGGGACUCACUGCCCUGCUGUUCGCAGGUCCCCUGUAUGAGUCUCUCGUCAUUGAUGGCGCGGCUCAUCAAUGGCUUCGUCUUGAGCCCUUGAGGGAUCUGUGGACUGACUGGCCCACUUGGAGAAAUCUGGUAGCGGGUCCCAUCACCGAAGAAUGUCUCUUCCGCUCUGCUAGUGUUCCUCUUCUCCUCCGCUCCGGAGCCAGCCUCACUGGUACCAUCUUCAUGUCGCCGCUCAUCUUCGGUCUAGCUCACCUUCACCAUUUCUACGAGUUCCGCAUCACGCAUCCUCGUACACCCCUGCCCGUUGCUAUUGCACGGUCUUUGCUCCAGCUGUCGUAUACUUCGCUAUUUGGUGCAUAUGCCACGUUCCUGUUCUUACGAACUGGUAGCUUGUUGGGUGUUGUCCUCGUGCACACUUUCUGCAAUUGCAUGGGUCUCCCACGUCUCUGGGGACAGCUUGAUCCGUAUUGGCUACCAGAGGGUGAUCCGUCCGUCGCAUCUUCGAGAAAGAUUUGGACUGGCGUUUAUUACGUGCUCCUAGUGGGCGGCCUAGUAGCUUGGUGGCAGAACCUAUAUUCAUUGACCGAGACAUCCAUGUCGCUGGCCGAGUUCUAA